AUUACCUUAAUAAAAGCUGAUGAAAUCUCUGUCUGUCUCUGAGAAAUGAAGAGCUCAUGCAUUUUUUUCUCCUUCAUCCUGUCUUCAGCAAGAAAAUGAGGGGGAUGGUUUGCAUAAAGGCUCUUAACAAAAAUCAGCCCCAAGAAUUUCCAUCAGUUUCACUCCUCAGAGGCUGCGCUCUUAAAUUAUGCUGGAUUUCAUUUUCUUAAAUAAAAAAAAGCACCAUCAGGCAGAAAAGAUGGGUUAUUCUGGUUUUGUUGCUCUGAGGCGUCGCAAGCCGACCCCCCUGUAAAAGCCCUGUGUUAAAGGAUCCGGCGAUGGGAAUGAAAACGUCCCUCUUUCUUCUGCGUUUAGGCCUGAUAAAAUUAUUCCAAGCCAGUGUUAAGAUAUUUAUGGCUUCAUACCAACAACCACAUCAUACCUGUGAUUCAGCAUUUUUAUGCAAAAGGCCAAUCGUCCUUUUUCUUUCUUUCUGUCUCUCUCUCUCUGGCCUGGCUUGUUUCUGAAAUGUGAGAAGCAAUCAAUUUGAAAUGGAUCUAAAAAACAAAAAGAGCCCCAGAAACCAGGCAUGCGAGUGAAUAUAAAGAAAAGAAAAGCUCACAAAACUAGUGCCAUGAAUCCUGAGUGAUCAUAUAAAAAGGAAAUAAAAAUCCAAGUUUAAUAAUAAUAAUAAUAAGUAGUAGUAAUAAAUAAUAUACAACACUAAACAAAGACAAUAAAGAUAAACUUACUUAAAGGCACAUUCAUACUUGGCCUUGCACAGUGUAGGGCCUCAGAUCUUUCAUGUGUAUUUGUCAUAUUGUUUCAAGCAGUUAUAUAACCAGUUACAAGCUGUUUUAUUUAGUAGCAUUUUAACUUUAGAAAUAAAAUACUAUUUAUAUGGGUGUGCCAUGACCUAGUUUGGUAGGACAAAGAUGGAUUCCAGGAAGAGAAGAGGAAAAAAGCACAGAAGCUUAAAAAUAUCAAAGGGAUAUGAUCCAACAUUUCAUCUUCCUUCUUCUGAAAUCCUGUACACAGAAACACUGUAAUGUGUUCAAUAGUCCAUAAAGAUGAGGAAUGAUGAUGAAAUCAAGCUUUAGAUCCCUUUAGAAACAAAGGAAGCCCAUUUUGGCCAUAGAACUCCAGCUUGGGAGAAAAUGGCCGCGCUGAUGUUCAGCCCUUUCUGCUCUCUGUUGGAGGGACUGGCGCGCGACGCUCUAAUAGCGCGAGCCGACAUGGUGCUGAGCUCUGAUUGGUCAGAACGGAAAAGCGCUGUUAACCAGCCAACUGCCCGACACCAAAUACCGACAAUGUUCAACACCGAGAGACACAUUUAUACACACUCUAUUUCACCUAAAAAUAACCAAAAUGCACUUUAUUUUCACCGAAUACCUAUUAAUAACAACGCAGACACGGAUUUGUUACGUUUAUUUGAUGUAAAAAGCUCCUUCCGGGACGGAAACACAAUAUUUGUAUUUGUUUCUUUGAAGUAAAAUCGCACUCAAAAUGUGUGCGAGUUUGUGAUAAACGCAGUGUCGAUUUUUACACAUAUAUAUAUUUUUGACGUGUGAAACAAAUGCGAUCGUGUCCCGAUUAAAUUAGUCCUCUAUCGCCGGAUCCCUAUGUCCAUCUUGUAUUUGCCGUCGAUGUAAAUAUCGCCAGCACAUUCGACUUCUCCGCGAACAUUGUUUAUUUGUCGAAGGAUGAUCACUACAUAAUAAUUUCACGAAGCAGUACGCCUCAUUAUCCUGACAUAAGUGUGUCCGAAUUAGUUAAAAUUCACAUAACGUUACGCUUUUGGUCUUUUGAGUAGACUAGUAUAGGUGAAUGUCGUGUCGAAUCUGCAGCGACGAAAAAGCAGGCUAGCGCUCAUAGUGGUGUAUUGUGGGAGAGACCCAGAGAGAAAGCCCAGGCUAGAGACACACAAUAUGUGUUGGCUCGCAAAAAAGAGGCAGUAUCUUCAAACCAUGUAAUGUAAAUCAGCGAACGCGCAUACAGUUGGUUAGAAAACUCAUCGAUCGGACACAUUAAAAUGUCCAGACCUGGAGAGAGAAGCAGAGGAGAUGAAGAUCACGGCAAAAGGCAGAGUUCAAGUUUGGCGAACGGCGGUACGGAGAACAGCUCGGUAGAGAAGCGGAGAGAGCACCACUGGAGAAGUUACAAGUUGAUUAUUGACCCGGCGCUGAGAAAAGGCUCGCACAAACUCUACCGAUACGAUGGACAAAAUUUCAACAUACCGAAUCCCGGGAUCCCCCCGGUGGACAUGGUUAGGGAUCCCCGGAUCGGUCGCAUGUGGACCAGGUACAAGGAGACCGACCUGCCUGUGCCGAAGUUUAAGAUUGAUGAAUGCUACAUCGGGCGCGUGCCUCCGAAGGAAGUGACAUUCGCAAGGCUGAACGACAACAUCCGGGAGGGUUUCCUUACCGACAUGUGCCAGAAAUACGGCGAGAUCGAGGAGGUGGAAAUUCUAUACAAUCCGAAAAACAAGAAGCACUUGGGCAUCGCUAAAGUGGUGUUUGGCUCAGUGAAGGCGGCCAAGGACGCAGUGCAGAACCUGCACAACACCUCAGUGAUGGGGAACAUCAUCCACGCAGAGCUCGACCCCAAAGGUGAGAACCGGCUGCGUUAUGUCCAGCGACUGAUAAACGGGAGCUUCACACCCCUGACAGUGCCAGUGGGAGAUGAGGAGCCAUGUGAGGUGUCCCCGCGCAGCCUGGCCGAGGCGCUGCUGUCAUCCUGUGAGCCGUUACGUCGUCUCUCUGAAAGUGGGUCCACCAGCACAAGCACCCCGCUCUCUAUGGACACGGCAUAUUCAAGCCUUAGACAGGAUGCUACGCCUCAAUCACAGUCAACACCCAUCACGCCCCGCCCUUCUGGUACACCCUUCUCUCAGGACUCUGCCUUCUCUGGCAGGCAGGGCACACCUACCUUCCAGCGCUCCCGGAGGCAUGAGACCAAAUUCCAGGACGCAUACAACCGCCGUCCAGAGAGGCAUUACGUCCAUGGGGGUUACCGUGGCAAUGCAGAGAAACCCAACCCGCCGCCUGAAACUCCACCCCCACCUAUCACACCUAAUUAUAAGCCUGCAUACUCGCCAUACCAGCCCCCCAUGCCCCCCGUUUACCCCCCUGCCGAGCCGCCCUUUCAUCCGUCGGAUUACAGACACCCUCCUCCUCAAGCCCCGCCCCCUACUACGCCAGAAUUUCACCCGGAACCGCCUCCUAUGCCUGAGGAAACGCGGCCUGCCACGCCAACCUCCUGCCCCUCCCCUUCCCCGGGCACACCCACACUGGAGGCAGAGCGCCACAGUCUGGACUCGCGCAUUGAGAUGCUGCUGAAGGAAAAACGCACAAAGUUGCCAUUCCUGAGUGAGGGUGCAGACUCAGACGGAGAUGUGCGCAUGGAAGGCAGUCCCAUCUCCUCCUCCUCCUCUCAGCUAUCCCCCAUCCCACCAUCCUCUGCCACCCUCCGCACGCCCCGCCCACCAAGCACUGGCCUGGAGGAUAUUAGUCCCACCCCGCUGCCUGACUCUGAUGAUGACGAGCCUAUUCCAGGCACUGCCUCUGCUAUGCACCACCCACAGAGCGCCUCGCCAUCAAGCACGCACAAUGUGGGGGGGCCACAUACCCCAACCGACAAAGUGGAUCCGGGUAACCAGUCAUCAGGGGAGGAUAUGGAAAUCUCUGAUGAUGAGAUGCCAGGCACGCCCAUCUCCAGCGACUGCACGAAGGGCAUUGUGGUGAACUCGGCCGUGUCUCCGAUAGCCCCUCAGUCCAUGCCGCUCCCAAUGCCUGGCUUCCCCCCUCUACCCCCUCCACAGCCUGCAUACCCCAUGCAUCCUGCUCACAUGCCCCCCCAUCUCCCUGCCCCACCCCCAAUGCUGCCCCCAAUGCCUCCGUACCCACCAGGCAUGAUGGCCAUGAUGCCUGUGGAGCUGAUGAGCUGUUUGCCACAGUGGGGCAGCGUGCACAUGUCAUUCCAGAUGCAGACGCAGAUGCUGAGCCGCAUGGCACAGAACCAGCGUGCUUACCCUUACCCACAGUUUCUAGGGGGAACAACAACUGCAAGCACGGGUGCCAUGCAGUUCGGCAGUCCCUACCCACCAUUGUCCAUGGUGAACACUCCCAGUGGUGGACACGGGCAACCCUGGCCUUUACCCAGCAUGCCCAAGUUUAACCCAUCAGUGCCACCACCUGGCUACGAGCCAAAGAAAGAAGACCCGCACAAAGCCACGGUGGACGGCGUGCUCAUGGUUAUUGUCAAAGAGUUGAAGGCCAUCAUGAAGCGAGAUCUCAACCGUAAGAUGGUGGAAGUGGUGGCCUUCAGGGCCUUUGACGAAUGGUGGGAGAGGAAGGAGCGCUCUGCCAAGGCGACGUCCACCCCAGUGAAGGCAGGUGAGGGUAAGGAGGAUGAUAAGGAGCGAGUGAAACCGAAAGAGACACUGACACCUAGUCUGUUGGAAACCUGGAGUAAAGGCGAGGGUCUUGGUUACGAGGGCAUGGGUCUGGGGAUCGGCCUGCGAGGCGCCAUCCGUCUUCCAUCCUUCAAGGUGAAGAGGAAAGAACCUCCAGACCCUGUCUCCACAGGAGAGAGUAAGAGAGCUCGGCCGUCCACGCCUGUAGACGAUGAGCUGGAGGAUGAAGAGUCGGAGAGAGUAGACGCCCCCUCAGACAGCACCCGAGUGGAUGACGCAUCCUCCACCAAGCGAAGGCACGCCCGUCCUGUGGAGCUGGACAGUGAAGGAGAGGAGGAAGAGGACGAGGAAGAGGAGGAGACAGGCAGGGAGGAGUCAUCUGUGUCUGAGCAAGAGGAUGAGGCCGAUGAAGAUGUCUCCGAGAGACUGUCCACUAGCAAGGAGGCAGAAAAGGAUAAGGAAGAUGACGAUGAAGAUGUGAGCGAGUCUGAGAGCGAGAGCAGUUCUUCUGACUCGUCUGAUGAAGAAUCCGGCAGGUCAUCAUCAUCCUCUCAGUCCGACUCCUCUGAGAGUGACAGCUCCUCCGACUAUGAAUCCAGCUCGGAUGAGAAAGAGGAGGAAGAGGAGGAGGAGGAGAAAAAAGCACACGAGAUUGCCAUGGACACGGACGAUGAAGAUAAAGAAGUAGUGCCGUCGUCGUCGUCAUCUUCCUCGUCCUCAUCGUCGUCGUCCUCUGAUGAAGAGGAGGAUACAGAGAUGAAGGCUCCCAGUACACCUGUUGCUCCUGUGGAAGAGGAGUGUGAGGUGGAAUCGCUUGAGGCAGAGGAGGCAGCGAGUGCCGUCACUGCCGCUCAGGACAAUCUGCAGCGGCUGUCACCUAAAGGAAGCAAAGCAGAAGAGUUGGACGUUGACGUGGACGUAAGCAAAACGGAACCCCACCUGGAGGCCGUGAGGACUCUAAGGCCCCCAACCCCGCCCCAUGCAGAGGAAGAGGAAGUGCCUAGAACUCCAGGUCGUGAUGUUUCUGCCCCUUCAGAGGCAGAUACACCCACCAUUCACCUGCCCCUCCCCGCUGCUCAUUCUAUCCUUCCAACCCCACGCCUCUCGAGCGAUGAGGACGUUCCUCGCACACCGGGCCGUGACCUUCCCCGCCGUUUCAGCAAAUCGCAGAGCAGCGAAACGGCACCUACGACACCUACCAUACCUGCUACACCUAGCACGCCUAGUGAAGCCCCGCCCACAGGAAGCAGCUUGUCACUCAGUAGCCCGUUCCCUUACCCAUUGCUCAGCGCAGGCGUCCCUCCUACACCUGGCCGGGAUCUGAACUUUACCCCGGUUUUCCCAGACUCCCCUGCCUCUCUUCCUCUUCACAGAAAGUCCUCAUCUGAAAAGCCAGUGUUCAAAGAACCUGGCAGUGCCACGUCGUGUUCCUAUUCCCCGCUUCCUCUUGUUCCACCUACCUGUUUAGAUGCUGCUACUGUGCCAAUUAAUCAGCACGUUCCACUCAUAGAACUUUCCGUGCCCGAUGAUUCUGCUUCCGCAAAGAAGAAACCGGGCCGACCCAGAAAGCCCGCCGUUGUUGAACCUGAGGAUGCCCAAGAACCUCCUGAGGCAAUGAUGGUGCUUCCUCCAGAUCUCCCAGUGAAGAACCUGUUACCUGAAUGUGAAGCAAUACCAGGAGUGCUUCGAGGGGCAGAUGGCUCCGCAGCAUUGGCUCAGAAGGAGAAGGAGGAAAAGGUGGAAAAGAAACAUGAGGAAAUUAAGAAGGACAUGAAAGUGGAAGUGCAUGAUAUGGAGCAGACCGUUCUCUUUGAAGAGCCACUACAGAAAACACGGGGUCAGAGGCGGAGCUGGGAGGAGCUCCUCCUCUCCAUGCACCUGCCCGUGAGGUCACCGCCGCGGCGCACUUUCCUCCCACGGUCUGAGUUUGAGGAGAUGACCAUCCUGUAUGACAUCUGGAACGAAGGCAUUGAUGAGGAGGAUGUACGCUAUCUCAAAAUCACCUAUGAUAAAAUGUUGCAGCAGGAUAACGCCCACGACUGGCUCAACGACACACUCUGGGUUCCUCACCCUCCUACCAGCAGUGGCAGUCUGCCUGGGGGCAAGAAAAAGAGGCGUGAGGAUGGAAUGCGGGAUCACGUGACUGGCUGUGCACGUAGCGAGGGUUACUACAAAAUCGACAAAAAGGACAAACUGAAAUACCUGAACAGCACUAGGUUACAGUCAGACGAGCCUGAUAAAGACAUGCAGGGUCGGAUGAUCCCGGCUCAGCCUCACGCCUCGACCCGAGCAGGCUCAGAGAGACGGUCUGAACAGCGCCGCCUGCUGUCCUCAUUCAGCUGUGACAGCGACUUGCUCAAAUUCAACCAACUCAAGUUCCGUAAGAAGAAGAUCCGAUUCUGUAAGAGUCAAAUCCAUGACUGGGGUCUGUUUGCUAUGGAACCCAUCGCUGCUGACGAGAUGGUUAUUGAGUACGUCGGACAGAACAUCAGACAGGUGAUUGCGGACAUGAGGGAGAAGCGUUACGAGGAGGAAGGCAUCGGCAGCAGCUACAUGUUCCGUGUUGAUCACGACACCAUCAUCGAUGCUACCAAGUGUGGAAACUUCGCUCGCUUCAUCAACCAUAGCUGCAAUCCGAACUGCUACGCCAAGGUGAUUACGGUGGAGGCUCAGAAGAAGAUUGUAAUCUACUCGCGCCAGUCGAUCAGCGUCAACGAGGAGAUUACCUAUGAUUACAAGUUCCCCAUCGAGGACGAGAAGAUCCCUUGUCUGUGCGGAGCCGAGAACUGCAGGGGGACGCUCAACUAACAUUGAGCAGCAAGAAGCAGGGAGGGUGUUGGAGUAACUAGCUAACACACACACACACACACACACACACACACACACACACGCACUCUUCACCCUCCACUCUGCAGUUAGAGCAGCUACGUGUGUAGGGCUUUUUUUACGAAUAAAUCCAUCCAAUGAUUGUUUACGAUUUACACACAGGUGCUCUUUAGACCACAACAUGAAUUUUCUACCACUCUUCCACUGAGAGAGAAGGACGGCCACCCCAGUCACCCUUCCCUUUCCAACGUCUACACACAAGUCUUUGUGCAUUAGGCGGGUCUUCCCGUCUUCCCCGAUCUUCCCAUCCAACUGCUUCUUUUCUUUCCUUUUUUUUUUAUAGACUUUAUUUCUAUACUGUACAGAAGGAUCCAAACUGGCACAGGCUACUACAUGCACACAGAUUCAGACACACUACUUCUACUUCGGGCUUGCUCACACACACGUCACGCUUCCUUCGUCUGCCAGUUAAGUUUUCGACACUGUUUGUUUUCCAUUUGCUUAUUUAAUGCCCCUUCAAGUCAUAACAAUGCUGUGUGCUUUACGUUUGUGUAUGUGUGUGCUGCCCCCUGUUGGCUGUCUACUGUAAUUAUCAGCCUGCAGAAUUGAAACAAAUUGCACACCGAUAGACCGAGAGAUGACCAGACAGCAUCUUUGUUCAGUCUGCAUAGUAUUUAAUUGUAUCACAUUGUGAUAUGGCAUUAAUUACAAUUUAAUAUAUUAUCACUAUAACAUAUAUAUUAUCCCUGCCUGUCACUCAAAGUCAGCUGGGAUUGGCUCCAGCUUCCACCACGACCCUGAAGGAUAAGCGGUGUAAAUAAUGGAUGGAUGGAGUAUCAUAUUGUAUUGUAUAUGACAGUUCUGUCUGUCAGGUAGACUUCUGGAAGAUGAAAAGCUUAUGAAGAACACCAAAAUAAGGGACCUUUAGAAGACAGUGAAAUAUCUGCCAUAUGAAUUGUGUUAAAUAUGUCAUGAAUUUAUAACUGACUUUCAGCUAGAGUACCUAGUCCAGCAUGAAAGCUGGUAUUUCUGAAGACUGCAUUGAGAGGUCUCAUCGUUUUAUUCUGUAUCCAUAGAGCUGCUUUCAUUACUGCUGUUGAAGCUGAAUGUUUGAUCGCUAACACCUAGUAUUAUAUUAAAACACGUACACGUGCGCGCGCACACACAAACACAGUGUAUUGCUCAAGCUCAGUCAAGCUUCAUCAUGCUGAUCUUUCCUGUAGUGCUAAUUUGCUACAACGUUAAUGCUAAUUUCACACACUGCACAAUCGUCACUUGUCUUCACCUGUAUAGUAUUGUCUUUGGAGCUGUAUUAUACUUCCUCGUGAUCAGCGAUGGAACUUAGCAUUAUACUAAUUAGCUAAAUGCUAAGGAAAGGAUGUGAUCUCUAAUUGGUGCCAAUUUUUCUCCUUGGGUACAUUCUAAGCAGCAAAGCUGUUUUCCACCCUGUUGUGUUAUCUCUGUAAGAAUGUGUGUGUAUUCUGUUUGUAACAAACACUAGUACUUUAUUUCCUCUUACCACCUUCCCGUCAUGCUCCUAUCCCAUCAGGGUGGGCAUGUCUCUCUCUCUCUCUCUCUGUAGUUUCUCUGCAUUUAUGUCCAUAUUGUACAGACAAACUGUUUGUACGGAGGAUUCAGACUUUUUAUUGCGAUACGGCAAGAUAUCGAGUAUCAGUGCAUCUUUUUUUACCAGCAGAACUAAUUUGAGAUGAUUAUUUUUGGGAGAGCUCAUGUGUCAUGUUCUCCCUUUAAAGAUUGUUUCUUGUAGAAACGUCUUUUUUCUGCCUGCUUUCCUUCAGUGUAAAUACUCAGACUGUGAAUAUAUAAAUAAGUAUAUAUAUAUAUAAAUAUAUAUAUUUUGGAGGUGAGGGCUCGCUUGGCGCCACACAGAGCGCGUGCAGGAUUUCAGCUUGUGUCAAGCUUUAUUUUUUAUUAUUUUUCAGUUUGUAAAUUCUAUGAAAGCAGUUUGCCGUGUGUGAUGGAGGGAGGAUGACAAUGCUGCAUCGUUCCCUGACUAUUUAUUACACAAAUGUAUGAAAAACAGAUCAUUGACAAAAAAAUAAAGGAUGUUUUUUCUUUUUGAA